AUGACCACCCUUGUCAAGCCUCCACCAAUCGACCCAGCUAAAUCUCCCAUCGAAAAUGUACUCGAACUGACGCAGCUCAAUGAUAUCGAUCCCAACCUCUUCACGAAUACCCGACCGUUGUGGACACCAAAAGGUGCAAGAGGUAUAUAUGGCGGCGCUGCUAUUGCGCAAUGCCUGAGUGCUGCGCAAAGGACAGUUCCCGACGACUAUGCCAUUCAUUCGAUGCACUGUUACUUCGUCAUGGCCGGCAACGCUGAGAUUCCCGUCAUAUAUCAUGUCGAGAGAGUGAGAGAUGGAAGGUCCUUCAUCACCCGAACAGUGCAAGCACGUCAGAGAGCCAAGGUCAUCUUCACGACUACCAUGAGCUUUGCAAGAAAUAACUCAGGGGGGACAAAGAGAGUCGAGCACCAGUCCAGCAUGGCUCGCGUCCCACCACCAAAGGAUGACACAGACGACCUUAGAUCUGGCGGUGGACCUGGGGAGCAAGGACCGUUCCAGAGCCAGCGAAUUGAUAUCUUAAAUGACGACUCAUACGAUCCGACGAUCAAACGGACCAGACAAUGGACAAAAGUUGCAGGAAACAUCUCAAAAGAAGGCGGCCACCAAGCCCAUCUAUCUGCACUCGCCUACAUGUCGGACAGCUACUUCAUUGGGACAGUGGCAAGAGUACACAAGCUUUGGCGAUGGGCCACCGGUUCGCGAAGUGACAGACAGUCGACGGUCGACGAAAUGACACUGAAGAAACUUCUAUCGCUCGAUGACCGCGUCUUGAAGGAGAGAGCUGGCAUGGACGAGAGUACGAUUCAACGCCUUCGCAAUGGCGAGAAUAUCGUGAAAGAAUAUCCGAUGAUCGGCAUGAUGGUCAGCUUGGACCAUACCAUAUAUUUCCACAAUCCAAGAGCGUUCCGAGCAGAUGACUGGCUGUACUCGGAGAUGGAGUCACCCUGGGCUGGUGAUGGACGUGGACUUGUGUUCCAGAAAAUAUUUACCCGAGAAGGGGUACUAGUCGCAACCUGCGUCCAAGAGGGCGUUGUGCGCCUGAAGCAGCCAAACGAUAGUAAGAUAUGACACAUGAUGGUUUGGUUCUUGUUUGUCUGUAUAAUCGAUUUGUGCAAUGUGUCGACUUUUCCUUUGUCUCUGUCUCUUCAUUUAUGGCACAUGAUACUUUUCCUGCAGGAGCUAUCAGUAUGUGGCUGCAUUGCAGUAUCGGACUCCUCAGCCAGCAUGUAUGUACAUCACUUCCGCGAGAGCCAAUCGCAGUGAAUAUGGCUUUCUGUGCUGGAAGCUACACCCUCUACCACAAGCAAGAACUCUUUCUUAGGAUUGAAAUCUAACUAAUUGUCGUCUACAAGCAUGAGAUGGUGGUGCCUAUUCACAUGGUGAUGGUUAUACAUAUGGAUACUGCUCUUGUUGUGUAAU